AUGCUUGGGCAACUUUUUUAUGCAAAUCUUAGCAUGCCUGGUCAGCUUGAAAAAGCUGUGCACCUUGGCUUUUGUGAUCAGCACGAGCAUUUGUGGACACAUAGUAAAGAUCUAAGUCGAGUAGCAAAUCGGUUUCAGGUGCUAUACUAUGCAUUGUCGAUCUGCACACUGGGCAUAUUUCGACUACUUCUACACUGGAAGCCGGACUGGUACAUCAAGGUGAGAGCGACGCGAUGCGCUCACGACGUCGCACAGUACAUUAAUGUGAUUGACGAGCACAAUGUCGAAGCAUUUCGACCUGUACGCGUGCACACGAAGGAAAACGGGGCAUCACCUACUCUUCCAAAGGGUGAUGGAACUAUGAAGAAAGUUGACUACAUCCGUUACUUCACUUUUCGAAAGCUGAAGUAUAUCUGGAAAACUGAGGUGGACGAAUGGGUUUCAUCUGCAGAUCUCGACAGCCAUAUCCCAAUCAAGCAUUUUCAAUCAGUGCUUGAAUCCGGGACUGGACUGACAGAAGAGGAAGUUCAAUGCAGACGGGUCACUUAUGGAUCGAAUUUGAUAGACGUUAAGCUGAAACCGAUUCUAGUACUUAUUUUCAUAGAAGCUAUUUCUCCUUUUUAUAUUUUUCAAGUGUUUAGCGUUUCAAUUUGGUUCUCAGAUGAAUACGAGUACUAUGCGUCUAUUAUUGUUCUUAUGUCUGUCAUGUCCAUUGCUAUUGAUGUCUACCAGACAAGGUUGGUAUUUUAUUAUUGGUUUUCAUUCUUCUUUUCAAAGUCUGUUUACAGAAGUCAAGAAAGGAAAUUACGUUCUAUGGUGCAAUCCUCAAACGAGGUAGAUGUUUUAAGAGCCGAUGGAGUGAAAACCAUCAACAGUGAAGAGGUGGGCGAAGAUUUUUUUUAA